GGGCAACACAGGAGAUUCAUCCCUUUGCUUCGUCGUGGGUUGGGUUGUUAGGUCCCUCCCUGUCACGCCUACCGUUCGCUCGCGUUUGGAGACUUUCGUUUUGCUCGUGCACUACGCUGUUUUGCAGGUGUGCUUGCGUUUUUAUCCGCGGAGAGAGAGUUGUUCUCUACACAACCAACCCCUGGUCUUGGGGCCCCAUGGAGGAGUCCUCGGUGUCCAUCGACGAGUUGUCGUCGCUAACCGUGCCCAAGCUCAAGGCAGAGCUUACGAGGCUGAACCAGCCUGUCGGAGGGCUCAAGAGGAAGGCUCAGCUAGUCGAAGCGCUGACCGCAUACAUGGAGAAACAGCAACAAGACGGGGGCACGGAAGGAGUUGGACAGGAAAAAGAAGCCGACGCCCCCGCUGCUGGCGAAACCUCCCCACCCCCCGCGGCGGCGGCGGCGGCGGUGCAGCCGGAUGAGAAAGACGCAGCCGAGGAGGACCCGCAGACUGAGCCACCCGUCCAAGAGGAGCCGGUCGCUGCGGACGAGGAGGUGGCGCCAAUGGAUGUCGCGGCAGACAACGGCACAGCAGAAGCGGACACACCAUCGGCGCAGCAGGAAAAACCGGCGGUAGUGGCGGGAGCUGAUAACGGUGGCAGCAGCGCCACGGCGGCGGACGAAUCUGCGCAGAAAGAGGAAGACCCAGUGGCGACCGGUGCCCAAGUAGCUGAGCCAGCCGCGGCGGACGCAUCCACGGCUGAGACUCCCACCCGCAAGGGGCGAAAGCGCAUCGCUCGUACGGACGACACCGAAGCAGCUCCGGCCGAGCAGCCCAAAGCUUCCGGUGGCGGCGACGAAGAGGAAAAAGCCGGGGACAAGGCCGAGGAACAGUUGCCCAAGCGUAAGCAGUCCUUGCCAGCGUCGCCGGCUGCGAAGCGAAAGAAGGUUUCGGGCGGAGAUGUUGCUGCUGCUGCUGCUGCUGCUGCGGAACCGGCUGCUGCGGUUGAGGCCAAGAGCACUGCCUCGGCGGCACCGGAAGAGACUGCGCUGCCGGAGCAGGAGGAGAAGGAGCAGGAGACACAGGGGAACGGUAACGGCAGCGCCAAGGCGGAGGAGGAAACGGCGACGCUCGCGGCCGACCCGAUGGACGAGGAGGAACAAGCAGCGCCUUCUUCCGUGCGUGGGGGCGCUGACGCUUCUGUUCCCGAGACUGCCCGCACCACCGCCGCCGCUGAAACUGCCGGCGAUCAGUCGGCUCCCGGUGACGGAGUGGAGGGUGAGGGAGACGCGGUGGUGGCGGAUCCGGUGACGAUUCGGGUGGAUAACUUCGUGCGCCCGUUCACCGCCCAGCAGGCGAAGAAGGUGGGUGGUAACGCGAGUACCGAAGACGACCCCACCUAUCCCUCUCCCGUUUUCUUUUGCUGUGCCUCCUGCUUGGUGUUCGUGGAUACCCCAACUCCCAAACCACAACAGCUGCUGGAAGAGAAGGCCGAAGCACCCGUCUUGGAAGGUGGGUUCUGGAUGGACAGCAUUAAGACGCACUGCUACGCCACGUUCGACGGCAAGGAGGCGGCCGAGAGAGCGAUGGCGGCGCUGCAGGGCUUGCAGUGGCCCGCCCAGAGCUUCAAGCGGCUUGAGGCGACGAUGGGAGACAUGUCGGCGGAGGAGGCGAGAGCUCGGGAUGGGUCCAAGCGCUCCAACCGUCCUUUCCCCGGCAUGGACCGUCCCGCCCGCGUCCUGGGACCCCGCGUCACCACCACCGCGGAAGCGAAGAGCUCGCCGGAAGGCGGCGGCCAGGCUAAUGGCAGCGGCGCCCACAUCACUGGCGAGUCAGCGGCGGUGCCCGGCGGCGGCACUGCUCGCGUUCGGGGGAGGGGAUCGGUGCAGGCCCCGGGCGUUGCUGGGUCUAGGAGAGGCGUGUUAGCCGCGAACGUGGAGGCCGAGGUCGGGAGGAGCAGGGGGCAGGACCGAGGGGGGCUCCAGCAGCCGCAGCAAGGGCCGGAAGAAGAGGCCGAGCCGAUCAUUCUGGACGACAUGUUCAGGAAGACCGGCGCUAAGCCUUCGCUCUACUGGCUGCCGCUCUCGGAGGAAGAGGUGGGUCUGCGGAAAAAGAAGAUGGAGGAGGAGGGCGUGGGCCCCCGAACAACCCCCAUGCCCGCCGAGCACAUCGAAGCUGCCGUCAAAGGAGGAGGAGGCGGAGGACGGGGAAGCGGCGGCGGCGGAGGUUGGGGAAGGGGCAGGAGGGGGUUCGGGGGUGGCGGCUCCGGUCCUUCGCGCGGCCUUGGGGGGUACGGUGACGGUGGAGGGGUGGGGUACUACGGGCGAGCCGGGGGCGGGGGGAGGCGCAGAUAGGCUUUUUCACUAGGCAUGGUAUGAUCGCCAUAGCGAUGGUGCGUCGCGAUGGAAGUUCUUGGAGGCCUCAAGGAAAUAUUUGUAGGGAAAUAUGAAGACUACUCUGCUGAUGAAGUGCCAAUCUACAACCCAUACAUGGAGGCCCUGAUUGCGCGAUGCGGUAGCUUUUGAACGCGGCGCUCUUUUCCUCCCUUGUAACGUUGAGCCAGGGAGGACGAACGGGUGUGUGCUUCCGUGUGAGGUGUGCGUGGGCAGUAAUUCAAGAAUAACUUGCUGCCGAUCUUGCUCGUGUUCCUAGCUGCUAUGGAAUUUUCAAGUCUUAUCUCCUGCUGCGAAACGUGUCAAGCUUUAUGCACAUAAAAGCCGGAGGGCGCGGGGCGAACAGUGACCGGCAUGGAAGGGCUCCUGCAACAUCGGUGGUGGUGGGAUCAACACAGCACUUCUGAGAAGUUAUAGGGAUGCUCGGGGAGUGUGUGCCCGUAGCGUUGCUGAAAUUUUCUCUCCGGCGGUACUGCACGUUUGCGUGAGGUGUGCUUACUAUUGUUGGAGCUACUGCUUAUGAGGAGACUCUGCGUUACUAACGUGGUGCAGGGCGGAUGUUGUUAGCUUAGCGGAACGGGCAGAGAUCAUGUUGAGACUACUUCAGCCCAACUUUGGUCAAGAGAUGGUUGGUUUUGAGGAAGGGGCGCACGACGAUGUUUGAUGACGUCGUUGGCGUUGGUUCGGGGGCUAUUGGGGGUCAAGCCAGCAGCAGAUCAAUUGGCCACGAUAAAGACGUUACCGAUUGGACAAGAAGGUUGUGUCGUAAUUAGAUCAGGUUAGUACGUUGAAGGGUUAAAUCUUGCGUUGUGGCAGAGACGUAUGUGUAACCACGAGCAGAGAUUCGUUUCAAUAGGUUUGCAUAGGCCUCUAUCCUGGGUCGUCGGAAAUUUUAUUGAACAUCACGGCUGCAGCCUUGUUUUUUACAGGAAUUCGGUUUGGCGUAGGCAUAUACUACAAGCGGCGAUAUUGAACACAUUUUGUGUACUUGGUCGUACUUUAGAGUUGUUCGCACGCGCUGAGGGUGAUCACGAGCCGCCAGGUGAUCCUGACGAGCAAGAUCAUGAUGAGCUAAGGAAAUCACCAAAUGCAAGAUGUGA